AGAGCCAGUCAGCCGACAGCAGCGAGCGGCGUUGGAAGUGUUAGACGUUGUGUGUUAUUCUCCCCGCGCACCGUAACUUAAAUACGAAAUAGGAUCGCGUGUGCCAAUAGGAGUUGUGACUUGUGAAAUAUUACCGAUGCCCUGGAUAUGUGUAGUGAUUAUAAAGUGGUUUAUUAAAGUUUAUGUAUAAACAAAUAAAGUGCAUUGUCGAAGCCGGUUCACCUCGUGCGCGAGGCCGGUUCCGAGUGCUGUGCCUGUACCCUUUCGAUCUGUGCUUUCUAAACGAAUCUCCACGAUCACUGUAGGUUCGCCUACACGUCCGUACCUUCGUGGACUAAAUAUUGGAUUAGUGAACGACAGACGCCGCGCGGCAUGCGCUAGCCGCCGCCCGCGCCGCCGCCGCUCACACCACGCUCCGACUGACAACUGCUGCAUGAGAGCGAAAACGAGAGAAUGCUGGGCACGGGAGCGUGGCUGGUGCUGGCGGCGGUGGCGUGGUGUGCGCGCGCCGGCCCCGGGCCACCCGCGCCGCCCCCCGACCAGCUGAGCUUCGCCUGUCGCCUCUACAACGUCACCGUCGCCGAGAACAGCCCGCCGCGCACCUACGCCGACCAGCCGCCUGCGGACGCCCCACUCGGUGUCCAUAUGCCGACCAACGAUGCGAGAUGUCGUUUCAGAAUACGACACGGUGACAAAGACAAAUUCUUUAAGGCUGAAGAGCGUCUUGUCGGAGACUUCUGUUUUCUAUCAAUAAGAACGCGCGCUGGACAUGCUGACGUCCUCAACCGGGAACGUCGUGAUGCCUAUCGACUAGAAGUGCGCGCAACGGUUACUUUCCCGUCUGGUCAGCAGCUCGAGGCCGACACCGAGGUCGCAGUCACGGUCUCCGACGAGAAUGACUUGAGUCCUCUGUUUUACCCUACCGAUUAUGAUGUUCUCGUCCCAGAAGACACUCCAGUGCAUUCCAGUAUUACAAGAGUAUCUGCAGAAGAUGCCGAUCUAGGACUCAAUGGUGAAAUUUAUUAUAGUUUAGAAGAACUAACUGAUCAGUUUGCUGUUCAUCCCACUAGUGGCAUCGUGACGAUCACAAGGUUGCUGUCUUCCAGUGAAAAGAAACGUCAUAAAGUUACUGUGCUGGCAAGAGACCGCGCAUCUUUACUGACGAAAGGUGAAAAUGCACCUGCCGCACGUGCUACCCUUACCGUUCGCGUUGCAGAAGUUAACCUUCAUGCUCCUGAGCUGCACGUACGGAGACUUCCGGAACUUGUUGAAAAUUCAACCGCUGAAAUAUACGCAAUAGUUGAAGUGAAGGAUCGUGAUAAUGGUGAACACGGCCACAUUGCUAGUUUAGCCAUCGUUGACGGUGAUCCAGACGGACAUUUUCGCGUUCGUCCUUCCUCACAAACUGGAGAAUUCGAUGUUGUAGUACAUGCACUACUUGAUAGGGAAACUGCACCUCGAGGAUAUAAUCUGACGCUUCGUGCAACAGACGCUGGUCGACCACCCAGAUCAUCUUAUCUUACAUUACCAGUCACAUUAAUCGAUAUCAAUGAUAAUGCGCCAGUUUUUAGUCGCGAAGUGUAUGAAGCUAGUUUACCAGAAACUACCCCUCCAAAUACACCUGUGAUUAGACUAAAAGUAAGUGAUCGCGACGAGGGCAGUAACGCACGAGUAUACAUUGAGAUCGUAGGCGGCAAUGAAGGAGGAGAGUUCAUGGUAAAUCCAGAUACGGGAGUUCUAUACACAGUAGUAUCUUUAGAUGCCGAAGCAAAAUCUCUUUAUACGCUUACAGUUUCUGCUAUAGAUCAAGGUAAUGCCGGUACAAGGAAACAGUCGUCAGCUAAAGUGAAAAUUACCGUUUUAGAUUCCAAUGAUAAUGACCCUAUAUUUGAACAAGAUGACUUGGAAGUGACUAUUUCGGAAAAUGGUGCUAGCGGAGCAAUAGUUGCGCGUGUUGUAGCUCGCGACGCAGACUCAGGAGAAAAUGCCUAUAUUUCGUAUAGCAUAGCUAACUUACAGCCAGUACCAUUUGAUGUAGACCAUUUUUCAGGCGCUGUGAGAACUACUCGGCUACUAGAUUAUGAAAGUAUGCGCCGUGAAUACAUUCUUCGUAUAAGAGCUAGUGAUUGGGGAUUACCCUACAGACGUCAAGCAGAAAUGAAACUUACUGUACGCCUGAAAGAUGUUAAUGAUAACCGCCCGCAAUUCGAGCGAGUGGAUUGUGUGGGUUACACAUCGAGAAGAUUGGCUAUCGGUUCUGAAAUUAUUACACUCUCGGCUAUUGAUUUUGAUGCAGGCGACGUAGUUUCGUACCGGAUCGUGGGUGGAAAUGAAGAUAACUGUUUUAGUCUUGACUCUGGCACCGGCGUUGUUAGCCUUACUUGUGAUUUAGGUGACGUUCGUACAGAAACAAGAGUUUUAAAUGUAACGGCAACGGAUUCCACGCACUUUGCAGAUCCUACAUCAAUAACGCUACAUUUGGUUGGAGGAGGCAGUGGCAGUGACCCCACAUCACUAGAAUGUCGUGACACUGGCAUUGCAAGACGACUUACAGAGCUUCUUGCAGCGGCAGAACGUAGUAAUGCUCCUAUUGAUGCGUCUGAUGAUUUUCCACUCGCACUUUCAAGGUACGGUGAAAAUUUACAUGCUCCAGAAUUCAUCGAUUUUCCCGUCGAAGUAAAAGUUAACGAAUCCAUAGCACUCGGCACGUCGUUAGUGAGACUGCGUGCACGAGACCGAGAUCUUGGUUACAAUGGACUACUCACUUAUGGUGUAUCUGGUGGAGAUUCAGAUUCCGCUUUUCGAAUAGACCCUGACACUGGAGAUCUUCAAGUGAUUGGCUACUUAGAUCGCGAACGAGAAAGUGAAUAUUACUUGAAUGUGACAGUAUACGAUCUUGGUACGCCACGAAGGUCAGCCUCACGACUGUUGCCUAUUACUGUUCUUGACGUAAAUGACAACCCACCACGCUUCGAGAAAACUCUUGCUAGUUUUCGUGUCACAGAAAAUGCAAUCAAUGGAACAUCAAUUUUUCGUGCAAAUGCUACCGAUCGUGACAGUGGUGAUUUUGCUAAAAUAACUUAUUCUCUGAUGGGGACAGGUGAUGAAGAAAACGAGUUUUGCGUUGACUCUAAAAGCGGGGUAGUUAAAGUAUGUGCAGCGUUGGAUCGUGAAAAAAGAGCGCUUUACGAGCUGACAAUUCGCGCAACAGACGGUGGAGGUUUAACAGCUGAGGCAAGGGUACGCGUCGCUGUAGACGACGUCAAUGACAAUGCACCACGAUUUGGACUUGGGGCAUAUGGAGCGCGGGUUCGUGAGGACGUACCAGUUGGCACAUUGGUUGCGGUUUUAGAAGCCUUCGAUGCAGAUCUCGGCGCCGGUGGCACCGUCACCUAUUCGCUGCCCGACCAGCCCUCCGAGGAUCUCGCCUUCACUGUCGACCCCAUAUCUGGCACGCUGCGGACGGCCAAACGGCUGGACUUCGAAGAGCGACAGGUGUACGGCGUGACCGUACGCGCGACGGAUGGUGGACAGCCGGCACUGUGGGCUGAAGCCACAGUCAUAGUGGAGGUAGUGGACGUCGACGAGAAUGCACACAGUCCUGCAUUUGCCGACCACGCCGUGCUGGCGUGCAGCGUGCGCGAGGACGCCGCGCUCGGGACCCGGGUCACGACGGCCGCCGCCACCGACGCCGAUCCGCCCGGCCGAGACUCCCGCCUCGCAUACUACGUCGUCGGCGGAUCUGGGAUGGCACAUUUUUCCAUUGACGAUGCGGGUGUGAUCCGCACGCUGACGCCGCUGGACCGCGAGACAACGCCGCACUACUGGCUGACAGUGUGCGCGCAGGACCACGGCCUAGUGCCCAGGCACUCCUGUGUACAGGUGUACAUCGACGUAGAGGACGUGAACGACAUGGUGCCGUGGCCGGAGCAGGCUUCGUACGCUGCUGCCGUCCCGGAGAACUGCCCCGGCGGCACGGCGGUCGCCGCGGUGCGCGCCGUCGACGCCGACGCCUCGCCCGUGCCUGCUAAUGUCUCCUAUUCCAUAGUAGCUGGAAAUCCGGACGGGCUAUUUUCCAUUGAUGAGAUGACAGGUGAAAUAGUAACGACUGGGCGGACACUGGACAGGGAAGCUAUGGCAUCGCAUGCUUUGGAAGUGCAAUGUUCAGAUGGCGAGUUGUCCACGACGGUCCGCGUGCACGUGACGCUGACUGACGUCAACGAUCACGAGCCGACGUUUACUCAGCGCUCGUACGAAGUGCGCGUGCCUGUGAGAGAGGCGACGGCACAUGACCACAGUUUACCCCAGGGUGACGCGGCGCCGCGCGACGACAGCGUGGAGUUGGAGGCGAGCGAGGACGAGGACGACGCGCGCCUCGGCUGGGACGCGCUCGACGACCAGCCCGAGGCGAGACUUCAUCUCGCCACGGUGGUGGCGCUAGACGCGGACGCGGGCGACAACGGCACAGUGCGGUACAGCGGGCGCGCGCGGGGCGCGGCACGCGGGCUGCUGCGAGUGCACGCGCGCUCCGGACGCAUCUACGCGGCGCCCGCGCUGCCGCUCGCAGCCGGCGACGUCUACGAGUUGACGGUUCGAGCGUGCGAUGGCGGUCCGCGGCCGCGGUGUCAGAAGGCGCGCGCGACGGUGCGCGGCGUGCGGGCGCCGGCAACGGGCGCGGCGCCGCGUGUGGCCGCGCUGCCGGCGCUGCAGGUGGCCGAGCUCGACGCGCCCGGCUUCCUGCUCGCCGUCGUGCAGGCCUCGGAUCCCGACGGCGACCAACUCUACUACGAUAUAGUUGAUGGAGAUGAACGACAAGAGUUCCACAUCGGUCGCGAGGACGGGAGCCUAGUGCUGGUACGGGGGCUGCUAUGGGAGCGGCAGCCGAGCUACAAGCUGAACGUGUCCAUCAGCGACGGACUCUACACCGUUUACACUUCGGUGAACAUCACGGUUAUAAACGACGCGCACGAAGGCGGCGUGUGGUUCUCGUCUCAGUCGCUGGUGGUGGAGACGUCGGAGGCGCGCGCGGCGGGCUCGGCGCUGGCGGCGCUGGGCGCGCGCGGCGCGGGUCGCCUGCUGUACGGACUGCAGGCCGCGCGCGCGCCCGCCUCGCUGCCGCUGUUCCGGCUGCACGAGCUCAGCGGCGUGCUCGAGCUCGCCAGACCGCUCGACAGGGAAAGCGCUGCAAUUCACGAGCUAACAGUAUGGGUACGAGACCAAGCGCCCCGAGCGUCGCGUGCAUUUGCGCGCGUGAGCGUGCUCGUGCGCGACGACGACGAGCACGCGCCCGAGUGGGGCCGGCGGCUCGCGGAGGCGCGCGUGUCGCGCAACGCGCCCGCCGGCGCGCUGGUCGCGGCGCUGCAAGCCGCCGAUAGAGACGCUGGAGAUAAGGCGAAGGUCGUCUAUUCAUUAGCUGGAGGCGACGCAGACGGCGCGUUCUCAAUAGACGCGGCGCUGGGCGAGGUGCGGCUGGCGCGCGCGCUGCCGCAGCUGGGCCCGCGCGAGUACACGCUGUCAGUGCGCGCCGCCAAACCGCCGCCCGCCGCCCGCGCCUCCACCCUGCCCCUGCACGUGCUCGUCGUUGAGCCCCACGACUCCCAGCCCAGAUUCUUGACCAAUGAUGUGGUUUGCGAAGUAUACGAGAACGAAAUGCAAGGCACCGUGCUAACUACGGUCGAAGCACGCAGUGCGACAUCCGUGUGGUACUCGCUGGAGGGGGGAGAGGGUCUGUUCAGACUGAACCCCGCCGCCGGCACGCUCACCACUGCCGCGCCGCUCGACUACGAGCAACGGAACUUCUACAAUCUCACCAUCACCGCUGACAGCAUGGGUGGAGGCACGGCUCGCGCGCACGUGUCCGUGCACGUGCUGGACCGCAACGAGUACGCGCCGCGGCUGCAGCAGAGCUCGUACCGCGGCCGCGUGUCGGAGGCGGCGGGCGCGGGCGCGCUAGUGGCGCGUGCGGCGGAGCACGAGCCGCUGGUGCUGGCUGUGCUGGACCCGGACUCGCCCGCGCACCGCCAGCGCGCCUUCGAGGUGCUCGAGCCCGCCGCCGCCGCGCUCUUCCGCGUCGACCCCACCACCGGCGCGCUCCACGUCCGAGCCAAACUCGACUAUGAAACCGCAGCUAAACACGAGUUUACUGUCAGGGUCAUCGAUAUGGGCAUUCCUCGCCUCCCGUCGGAUAGUGUAGCGAAGGUGAUCGUAGAUGUGACGGAUGUAAACGAUUGCCCACCAGUAUUUGAAAGUUCUAUGUAUGAAGCGAGCGUACUUCUCCCUACGUCUGAAGGAGUGUUUGUCGUGAAAGUGUCGGCAAGAGAUCUCGACAUGCCGCCUGGCGGUGCGCUGAAGUACGAUGUUAUAGAAGGUGACGAAAAUGGCGCAUUUUCGCUAGCACCUGAUGGGUCGUUGCGCGUAUCCCAUAUUGGUGCGACAGAACUAGCGGCCGGUAACGCUCUGAGACUCAAAGUACGCGCCUCUGAUGGGCAGUACGCUAGCACCGCGCGGGUGGAUAUACGUGUGCGCGAACUAGACAACGCAGGCCUCGCCUUUCAAAAAUCUGACUAUUAUGGCUCUGUGAUUGAAAACUCUACUAAAUCUACUACUAUCGCUGUUCUCAAUGUACUGGGAGCGGCAUUGAACGAACAUAUAGAAUUUAGUAUUCUCAAUCCCGUCGAAGGUUUUGAGGUGGGCUUGAGUUCAGGGGCAGUCCGGAGUACGGGUCUAGCUUUAGAUCGCGAGGAAAAGGAUUCUUACCUCCUAUUGUUGCAAGCUCGCGCCGGAAGACGCGUAGCUCGCGCACGUCUGCACGUCACCGUAUCCGACGUCAACGACAACUGUCCCGUGUUCGUGGAGCGGCCGUACGUGGCGGCCGUGCCCGCGGGCGCGCCGCCGGGCACGCACGUGCUGCGCGUGCACGCCGUGGACGCCGACGCCAACGACAACGGGGAGGUCCGCUACGAGAUGAAGCGCGGGCACGGCGAGCUGUUCCGCGUGGACCGGCGCUCGGGACAGAUCUCACUGAAGCAGACGGUGGACGCGCACAACCAGCUGUACCAGCUGGUGAUCGCGGCGUUCGACGGCGGCAUCCCGGCGUGCGGCGCGGAGGCGGGCGUGGCGGUGCGCGUGUGGGGCGGCGGAGCGGCGCCCGCGUGGGAGCGCGCGCACGCGACGCUGCGCGCGCGCGAGGACGCGCUGCCCGGCGCCGCGCUCGGCCCGCCGCUGCGCGCGCGCUCGCCGCUCGGAAGACAACUCAUCUACACGCUAGUGGCCGGCGAGGAUACAUCCAACUCUCUCUUCGAAAUUCAUUUCGACGCAGCACCCGAAAGAGGCAAUAGUCCAUGCGUAUUGGUAGCUCGCGCGCCGCUAGACUACGAGACGAGCCGGUCGCACUCGCUGAGCGUGCGCGCGACGGACGGCGUGACGGGCGCGUACGCGGACCUGGCUGUGACGCUGCUGGUGCAGGACGUCAACGACUGCGCGCCCGCCUUCCUGCAGGACGUGUACCACGCGCAGGUCUCCGAGGCCGCCGCCCUCUCCCAUCUGGUGCUCACGCUCACCGCAACCGACAAUGAUACAGAUGCCAAUGGAGAAGUAACGUACUCGAUGACCAACAUAUCCGGCGAGGCUGAGUCAGCGUUUAGUAUCGAUGUCUCGACCGGCGCUGUGCGCGUGGCGGGCGUGCUUGACCGCGAGCUGACUCAGGACUACCAUCUGCUGGUGACCGCGACCGACGGUGGCCGCCCGCCGCUGCUCACCACUGCGCAUCUCUUCAUCACAUUGGAAGACGUAAACGAUAGUCCACCUCAAAUGGAGCGCAACAUCGUAUCAGCUAUAGUAUCGAGUGAAGCAGCGCGCGGCACCGCAGUCGCUCGCGUGGCCGCCUGGGACCCGGACGCGCGCGACGCCACGCGCCUGCGCUACGCUCUGGCCGGCAGCAACACUCACACCUUCACCGUGCACCCGCGCACAGGCGUGCUAUCACUAGCUAACACACGUGCCUGGGCGCUAGGCAAUUCAAUGCCACGCUCGCUCAACGUGUCCGUGUCCGAUGGCGCGCACGCCGCGUUCGCUCGAGUGAAGCUAGCGCUCGCGGCCACCAACCGCGACCCGCCACAUUUUCCCCACCUCGUGCAUGAGGCGCGUGCGCUCGAAAACCAACAGCCACCAGUACUGCUCACUACGGUAAAAGCUUACGACGAAGAUCCCGGCGAGUACGGUGCCGUGACCUAUUCGAUACCUUCAGCGUUACUUCGAGAAACGUUUGCGAUUGACGCGACUAGUGGCGCGCUCACCACGCGUGUGCCGUUAGACCGCGAGGCGCGCGCAGAAUGGGAGGUACCUGUGAUGGCGAGCGAUGGAGGCGGGCUAGUGCGGCACACGACGGUGCGCGUGCGCGUGCUGGACGUCAACGACAACUCGCCGGUGUUCCCGCACCGCGAGUACCGCGCGGCCGCGUCCUGCGAGCGCGCGCCCGGCGUGCCGCUGCUGGCCGUCACUGCGCUGGACGCCGACGCCGGCGACCACGCCAAACUGACCUACUCCGUGUACGAGGGAGAAGUCCGCUCCGACGCCAGCGGCCUCUUCGCGGUCGAUCCACAUACGGGCGCGCUCUCGUUUGCUCGAGACGCUACUGCAUUCGCUUCGCGCGCGGUUCAAGUGUGGGUUAGAGCUCGCGACGGCGGUGGGCUGGCAGCCGAGGCCCCGGUGUCAGUGUUCAUCCUGCGCGCGGGUGAGCCGGGCCCGCGGCUGCACGCGCCGCCGCCCGACAUCUUCCUGCCGGAAGACAAGCCGCCCGGCACGCUGCUGGCCGAGCUGCGGCCGCCGGACGCGUCCGACUCCGCCGCGCCGCGCUUCCGCCUCGCGCCGGGACUGUGGCCGCGAGAACUCUUCGCCGUCGACUCUGCGGGCCGGCUGCUGCUCACAGGGCAACUGGAUCGAGAAACAGCUUCGGAACAUAUUAUUGGAAUAAUAGCGGAGGGCACAGGCAGCCCGGCGCCGGCGACGAUGGUGGUGACGCGGCUGCACGUGCUGGACGUGAACGAGCACGCGCCCGUGUUCCACUCGCAGCCGUACGUCGUGCACCUCGCCGAGAACGCGCCGCCGCACACCGCUUUAGUGCAAUUGAUGGCAGAGGACCCAGACGCAGGUUCGAAUGGCGAGGUGCGGUUUUCGUUAGCGGCUGAAGGCGAAGGCGCGGACGCGUUCAGCGUGGAUCCGUACACGGGCUGGGUGACAUCGACGCGCGCGCUGGACCGCGAGGCGCGCGCGGAGCACCGCCUGGCGCUGCGUGCGAGCGACGCGGGCGAACCGCGGCGGCUGGCGCGCGGCACGCUCGUCGUGCGCCUCGUCGACUACAACGACUGUCCGCCACACUUCACACAAGACGAAUACCACGCCGAGGUUCGCGAAGACGCCCCGGGCGGCACCGUGGUGGCGCGGCUGUCGGUGCGCGACGCGGACGCGGCGGGCGCGCCGCUGACAUACUUCGUGGCGGACGGCGACGCGCGCGCGCGCUUCGCCGUGCGCGCGCCCGGGGAGCUGCACGUGGCGCGCGCGCUCGACCGCGAGGCCGAGCCCGACUACUCGCUGACGGUCGCCGCCACCGACGGCAAAUUCACCGCCACGACGCGCGUGCGCGUUCGCGUGCUCGAUGUCAAUGACAAUCCACCGUACUGCCCGCGGCACCGCUACGUGAGGCGACUGCGGGAAGACGCCGCCAACGGCACGCUGGUCAUGGCUCUCGCCACUGCCGAUGCUGACCAGCCUACCGAGCCGCAGUUGCGGUUCUAUCUUACCGGAGAUAAUGCACACCACUUUACUAUGAAUAAGGAAACUGGCGAAGUUACCGUAACCUCGGAGCUUGAUCGUGAAUCUGUUGCAUCGUACAAACUCGUCGCGCAUGCGCAGGAUCGAGAACGAAACGAGUGGGAAUGCAGUUCGGAGCUCCAGGUCACGCUCGAAGACGUCAACGACAACGCACCACGAUUCUCCAGCGACACCUAUAGCGUCACGCUACCCGAAGACGCCGAUGUCGGCUCUCUCGUUGCUAAAGUGCACGCCACCGACGCUGACCUCGGCGUGAAUCGUCUCAUACAAUACGCUUUCGUCAACGAAACUCCCGGCUUCCAUAUAGCACCGGACAGCGGCAUCGUCACGCUGCGAGCGCCGCUCGACCGUGAGACCCAAGCCGAGCAUCGCCUUGUCGUGGUGGCGAACGACGCGGGCCACCCUCCGCAGUCCGCUACCGCCACCGUGCGGCUCACCGUCGCUGACGUCAACGACAAUCCACCGGAAUUCGAAUUCCAUCAGUACCGUGCCACCGUAGCUGAAGUCACCUCGCCUGGCAGUGAAGUGUUGCGCGUGCGCGCCACUUCACAAGACGCCGGUGUUAACGCUGACGUUUACUACUCUCUCGUAGGUGGAGAUGAUCGCGAAGACUUCGCUGUAGACCGAUCGAGCGGCGCGCUCACCGUCUCUCGCCCUCUUGACUAUGAACGCCGCCGUGAAUACAUGCUCACCGUCCAGGCCGUGGACGGCGGCAGUCCGCCUCUCAGCGACCUCGCCAGUCUCAACAUCACCAUUACCGAUAGCAAUGACAAUGCACCUGUUUUCUCCCAGGCGUCUUACGAAGCUCGCGUGCGGGAGGAUGCCGCCUUAGGAACAAAAGUGCUGCAGGUGAUUGCAGAUGAUGCAGAUUCGGGGGCGAACGGUAGAGUCAUAUAUUCUAUUGUUCGAGGUGACCCAGAUGGACGAUUCUCAGUAGAUGGCGACACGGGCUAUGUAUCAGUGACCGCCCCGUUAGAUCGCGAAACUGUUGCUCUUUACAAUUUGGAAUUGCGGGCACGAGACCGAGGCUUACCGACACUAGAGACUACUUGCUUGCUGCGCGUGGAGAUAACUGACGCUAACGAUAAUCCACCUCUCUUCGCGCAAAACAACUACACGGCCGUCGUACCGGAAGAUCGUCCCUUAGGACACACUAUACUUAAAUUUGUUGUCACGGAUGCUGACUCUUCACCUAAUGCAGCUCCAUACACGUUCGAUUUUCAAUCCGGGAAUGAAAUGGGCACAUUUCGUCUUGAGCCUGAUGGAUUUUUACGUUCAGCUACGCGGUUUAACCACCGUAUCAAGGACCGUUACACGUUGCAAGUGCGCGUUUUUGACAAUGGAGCUCCACCACUUUUCUCAGACGCAUGGGUAUAUAUAAAAGUGAUCGAGGAAUCACAGUAUCCUCCGGUAAUAACUCCCUUGGAAAUAGUCGUAAACUCAUACCUAGACGAAUUUCCAGGCGGCAUUAUCGGCCGCGUGGUUGCAUCGGAUCGCGACGCAUACGAUACUCUCGUGUACAGCAUCUCGCCCGUGGAUGGUGCGCCUUAUCCACCUACAGAUCUUUUUACUAUCGAAAGCUCUGAUGGCACACUUCGAGCCGCACCACGUCUUGAUGUCGGUGAAUACAGAUUAAAUGUUACAGUGGGGGACGGCAAAUUUUUUGGAUUCGCCAUAGUUAGAGUGACAGUGAUAUUAAUUUCUGACGAAAUGCUCGCGCAAUCUAUUGUUGUUCGUUUUCGGGAAGUGACAGAUCGUGAUUUCAUAUUGAGCCAUCGCAAAGGAUUCGUGCGAGCCAUAGCUGAAGCUACCGACCGUGAGCCAAGUGAUGUCAUCGUCGUCAGCGUACAGCCUUCCGGCGGCGACACGAGCGCCGAACGCAGCAAGCGGCAGGUGGCUCGAGAUCUAGACGUAGCUUUCGCGGUGCGUGCGCCGCCCGCCGCGUUUCUGCCCGCGGACGCGCUGCGACGUCGGCUGCACGCACAUCUAGAGCGUCUCGAGGAACGCACGAGACUCGUCGUUGAAGAACUGCUACGUGCCUCAUGUGGAGGAUGCGUACGAGGCUCUUGCGGCGAACGCGUGCGAUUACAGACUGCCACGACGCCGAUUACCACUGACGUAUUCACCCUGGUUGCACCCACGCAUAGUCUGCGUGGCGAAUGCAUAUGCUCGCCAGGUUUUGGCGGCGAACGUUGCGAUCGUGCUCUAGAAUGCGUCGGUGAACGAUGUUGUUCGACGGGCGAUUGCCGCAGCCAGCCGGCUGUGGCACACUUCACUGGCGAAGGGUACCUGCUGUAUCGUCUUGAGCGUGGCGUGGUCGCGGGCGAACGGCUCCUGGAUGACGAAUUAUCGCUGUCGCUACGAUUCCGCACGCGGCGCGAGCGCGGCACGCUGCUGUGGGCGGCGGGGCGCGUGGACUAUGCUGCGCUAGAGGUGGCGGAAGGCUACUUGCAGUUCCGACUGGAGUUGGGCGCGGGCCCGGCGCUGGUGCGCGCCAGCGUGCCGGUGGCCGACGGUGCGUGGCACGAGGCGCGGCUAGAGCGGCGGGGCGGCGCCAUGCGGCUGACAGUGGACCGACGCAGCGCGGCCGCGCGCACGCCGCCGCCCGCUGCGGUGCUGGAUGCGGCCGACCGCCUUCUCAUCGGUGCCGCGCUCGCCAGGCACGCGCAUGCCUCUGCACCUGAACAGGUGACUUACGGUUUCCAUGGCUGCAUGUCAGACAUCCGCCUCGGUGGCGCAAAUGGUGAACUACCACUGGACGAGGGAGCGACGUCGCGCGACGGUCGCGCCACACUUGCCCGUCGCGUGCGCGUGCGCGUGCUGAGCUCGUGUCCGCCUCUGCCGCCCCCGACGCCGUGCGCCUCGUACCCGUGCCUCAACGGCGGCACGUGCCGCGAGACGCCGCCUCUGCCGCUGCUCGAGGACACUCUCGACUCCACCAACGAGGCCGACGCCGGCGAAGGCUUCACUUGCACGUGUCACUCGCGCUUCCUGGGUCCCCGUUGCGAAGUGGACUCGGAUCCGUGCGCGUCGGCGCCCUGCUUGCACGGCGGCGUGUGCUCGGCGGCGGGCGACGGGUUCCAGUGCGCAUGCGCGGCCGGGCUGGCGGGCGAGCGCUGCGAGCGCGGCCGCUGGUGCGCGGCGGACGUGUGCGCGCACGGCGGCGCCUGCGAGGAGGGCGACUGGGGCCCGUCGUGUCGCUGUCGCGGCUACUACGGCCCGCGCUGCCAGUUCGAUGUGGACGAAUGCGCCGGCGAGCCGUGUCUCAACGGUGCCACCUGUCUCAAUGAACCCGGUUCCUUCCGUUGCCUUUGCCCGCCCGAUAAGACAGGCAUGAAUUGCGGCAAUCCCCUAUACUCAGACGCGGUGGUGUCUGGAGGAGUCGCAAGCGACGGAGCGCGGGCACUGCGCGACGCUUGGCGCUGGGCGCUGGAGGAGCGCUGGCCGCUGGCGGCGCUGGGCGGCGCGCUGCUGGUGCUGCUGCUGCUGGCGGUGGCGCUGCCGCUGGCGCUGCGGCGGCGGGCAGCCUCGCGCCGCACCUCGCUGCAGCUCAACAGCCGCGCGCUGGAGAAGCUGUCGCCGGCGCGCUCCAAGCUCUCCAACCUGGAAGCCGUGCGGCGCGAGCGCCCGCUGUCGUGCGCGGACUCGCCGCCGCUCAACAACGUGGACACGCUGCGCAGCUACGGCUCCGCUGGGGAUGAGCUCGAGGGAAUUCCGCGCGAUUACCGCCGCAAUCUCAACAUCGACACCACCGACCGCAAACCCUGGUCCGAGCAAAUGCAUUUGCAGACCUUCGUUGAUAAUCAAAUUUAUAAUGAUCUAAAGGGCAGCGGCGGACGAGCGCGGCCGCGGUCGCCUGGCACUCGCCGGCCGGUGCUGGCGGCGGGGGCGGGGGCGGGGGCUGGGGCGGGGGCGGGGGCGGGCGCUGAGCCGCACAUGCUGGGCGGGUACCACUGGGACUGCUCGGACUGGUGCGGCGGCGCGCUGCCGGGCAUCAGCGAGGUGCCCGGCUCCGAGCGUCCAGACUCCUCCUCCCCGCCCCGCUCACCCCGCUCGCCCCGCUCACCCCGCUCACCCCGCUCGUCCCGCACGCCGCCGCACGUCCGCCGCGCGCUCACAGACACCGACACGGACUCCCCGCGGUUCCCUGACGCGUCGUCGUACUUGCUACACCCGGAUGAGUAUCUGCCGCGCGCCGCGUCCGACUCGGAACAGUUCCGCGCCCGAUGCGUGCGCGAGCCGGAUGCCGCCAGCCUCAUCACUAUGCUCGAGGAACGCAACUCCCUGCUGGGCGGGUCAGCGGGGUCCUGCAGCUCGCUGCAGUCAGCCAACCUCUGUGAGAUCGAAGAAUCUGAGGCGGAGGACUCGCCUCCUCCCCCAGCCGCCGCGGCCCCGCGCACGCAGACCGAUGUGUGACGCCGGCCGCGCGCGCCCGCGCCCGCCGCGUAGCGCAAAGACUGACUAGCGUUAGGAUCGUGUACAUAGACGGAGUCACGAGCGCGACCAACACGUUGCUAAAACCAUGCACCUUCAUCUGUUUACCAGAUUUGUGGAUUUUUAUUUGCAAAAGUGUAACAAAACACCAAUAAUAACAGUUCUCAACACAAAUUAAUUUAUAUUAUGUUAUAACGAAGUUGGUGCAGAGCUGUAGUGAUCAAAUGUAUAUUAAACAAAUCUACUAACAGAUAUGCAGACACGAAUGAAAUUGUAUAGAUAAUAUUAAAAUGUAUGGAAAUUAAUUUAAAUUUAACUGAAAACUUGGAAUUAAGUAUUAAAAGUCUUCGUGAAAUUAUUAAAUUAUUUACAAUUACAAGUAAAUACCAUGUACAAGCAUAAUAAUUUUCACGGCUCGUCGACAUGACUUAUACAUACGUAGUGAAUAUUGACCAAGAGAGGACGGUGUAAAUAACUAUGCAGCGCGACUGGUGGAUGAAUAGAAAGUGUUGUUAAAACUAUAAUGGUGCUCUGAUUUAUAGGCUCAUAUCAUAAAACUUUAAACUGUGCAUUUAUAUUAUUACAAUGGGAAUAAUUUCUCCUCUAGAUUUUAAUUAGUAAUAAGCAAUCUAUUUUUAUAUGUAUAAAAUAAUAAUAACUUGUAGCGGUGACGUGACGCGCCGGACGUCGGCCUCUUGUGAUAGCUCGUCUCUUCCGCGCUGGAGCGUGCGGCCGCGGCGGUCCGCCCGCCGACUUCGGCGGUCCGACCGCCACAAACUCACUCCCCAUAGCGCUAAGCUCCCGAAUUCAUUAGCCUGGUGUCUUCGUUUGUACCGUAUCGGUAUUUUUACAAUGUCUGUAAAGUGAUUGUUAGCGGAGCAUUGUCAUUGUCUCAAAUCAAACUGUAUAAACGGGUUUCCAUCACUGAGGUUUUGUAUUUAAGUGACCCACCCGUAUAAAUAGUUUUAUUAGUGCACUCUGACAAUCAGAACAUAUUAGUCAUAUUGUUUUCUACUAAAAAAAUAAUUUAUUUAUGUUGUGUAAAGUUUGACACGACUAAUAAAAAUAUCAAAUAUUUAUAAAA